GUGCCGUAAAGUACCAGUGUUGUGUUUGGAAAUUUGACCACUCGUCCUCUGAGGUGACAGCUCUCGGUCGUCCUUCAGUCAACUCAGAAAUAGUGCUCCUUUCGGAUAAAGCAGAUAUUAUCUUAACGUUAAAUCAUGGCAGGGACAAUUGCACGUAAAGCCAUUGACCACCUCAAGAGCAAAGAGUUCCGGGAUUAUUUGAUGAGUACGCAUUUCUGGGGUCCUGUAGCAAACUGGGGUCUUCCUAUAGCAGCCAUCACAGAUAUGAAGAAGAGCCCCGAAAUCAUCAGUGGCAGGAUGACUUUUGCUUUGUGCUGUUAUUCACUGCUGUUUAUGAGGUUCGCUUACAAGGUUCAGCCACGCAACUGGUUACUGUUUGCUUGUCAUUUGACCAACGAGACAGCACAGCUAAUCCAGGGAAGCCGUCUCAUCAAGUACAACAUGGAGAAGAAGAUGGGAUCUUAGUGGCAGAGUGAAGCACAUACAGGACGACUGCAGAAUGCUGCUUUAACACAUCAGAAUUUAUUCAUCUAAACAUCUUCUCUAAUCAGUGAAACUACUGCACCUAUGUCAUUUUUUUAAACCUGGUGUUACCAAGAUUAACCGCUGUUAAAAAUUUGUCACUUUAAAACUUAGGCCUUUUGCCAAGAAUAAAGGUCAACUGCUGUGAUUUCUUUUUCUAUUUCUUCACAUUGACACACCAAGUUUUAAUGUGGAAGAAUGUACACCAAGCUAACCAGCCUGACAGUUGGAUGCCUUACACACAGGCCAGUGACUUUUGUCCAAACAAUCAUCUUAUUUGAAUAAUAAUCAUUAUAUUGUGUCCUCAUGAGAAACUGAUAUUUAUAGAGAGCUGAGGCUGAAGUCAGUGCAAAUAUGUCCACAUUAUGUCAGUGCAAUACUGGCUGUGCAUGUAGAUUUUCAUCCAUUUAGCUUUUUCUUAAACGCACAAAACACGUAAUUGAGCCUCUCUGAUGCUCCUUAAGCCAGGAUAUUAUUUUCUAAAAUGUAUGUGUAGUGUUAUGUACAAUUGUAUUUCCAGUUUAACAUAAUUUUAGCCAGUUUGAGAAGUAACUGCAGUUUUUAAUUAAACUAAAUAUUUAGAUAUCUUGAUAUUAAAGCAAAAAACUUCACACAUUAUAUGUCCCUGUAAUCAGGCUGGAAGCUAAAACCAGAUUAUUAUCCUAGAAGGUCGAGCAAGGAAGCUCCUCCUGUCUGUGUUGACCAAACAUGUUGUUGCUUUAAAUAGUGUAGCAUUCACAUAAAUUUAUGGUCAUUAUUUGAUUCAUUUGAUUUUCUCUGAUUAAUUUGUGAAUUCUGUAGGUUUGUUUAAAUAAACUGGAUUGGGGCCUAA